CUUCACUCUAGUUCAAGCAGCUGCUCAGAGUGUGAGAAAGCUCAGAAAAUGGCUGGAAUAGAGGAGGCCGGAACAACAGAAGCAAGCCUGCCCGACGCAGUGAUGGUGGGGAGUGAGGCAGCCCGCCAGGCCAGGCCAGCAGCUGAGAAAAGCAGCAAGCUCCUGUCUGGCCUCCUGGCCAUGAAUGUUGUGUUCCUGGGAGUUGCCAUCACGCUCAGUGCCGUCUUCAACAGUGCUGCUGUGCCAGGGACCCAUGUCCUGAUCCUCCUCAUGGUCCUCAGUGCCCUGGCUGUUGGCUGGAUGACGUUCCAUAAAUCCAUGACCCACUUUGUUCCUCACCAGGAUCACCAUGCCGGUGCCAUCUGGCUGCGGGGAGCAGUGGUGAUGUUCGGAGUCUGCAGUGUUGUGCUCGAUACUUUCAAGGCCGGUUAUUACCUUCAGAACAUUGACAGUGCUGAUACAAUGAAGGUCGUUUAUCCCAUCGUGGAAGCCGUCUUCAUCAGUGCACAGACCUACAUCUUGUGGUUUCACUCGAAAGAUUGCUUCCAUACAUACCGUAAUGUCACCAGGUGUGGGCUAAUGUUGACCCUGGCGACAAACCUGGUGCUGUGGAUGAAUGUAGUGACUGAUGAUUCAAUUCACAUGGAGUUGGAGGUCAAGGAGCAAACCACACACAAUGGGAGCAGAACACAGCAUCAAGACGCCAUGAAUACUACAGGCCACGGCUGUCAGAGUGAACUGUGCACUAUUUUUCAGAAGGGUGUGGUUCUGAUGUACCCAUUUAACAUUGAGUACUGCCUUAUUGCCUCCACCAUGCUUUACAUUAUGUGGACCAACAUCGGGAGGACCAUUGAUGGGCACGUGAUCCCCCCAAAGCAUAAGUUCAGAGGUCACAGCAUCAUUUGGGGGCCAAUGUUGGGAUGUGUAACUAUAAUCAUUGGACUGUGUAUCUUCAUCCUGUACCAGGUCAAGAUCUCCACAGAUCCCACACAGCUCAAACCCUUUGAGCUGUUCUACGGUUACCACAUUGUUCUCCUCUCGGUCAUGUCGCUGUGCUCUCUGGUUGCUGCAGCCGUGCACAGAUGGGAGGAGAGUGGGAUCGACACCAAUGAGAAUCCAACUCGGAGUUUGGAUGUGGUCCUGUUACAGGUAGCUGCUCUUGGCCAGCUCUGUAUCUCUUACUUCUCCAUUGUAGCCAUUGCAUUCAGCUCUCUGCAGCUGCCCCUCGACGCUCUCAAUCUGACCUACUCCACGCUGAUCAUCAUUGAGCAUGUGCUGCAGAACCUCUUCAUUAUCCAGAGUCUCCACAGACCACAUGCCACACAUGAGGUGGCUACAAACUCUGGAGAGAGGGGUGAGAAGGACCUCAUUGCUGACCCUCAGCAGGAAACACUGGUUCUAGAGGUAGUUCAUGGUGUCCAUGACCCCAACCCAGCAGCAACGCUCAACACAAACACAAAGGAACAAGACAACUCAAGCGAUCCUAAUGGAGCAACAAACUGCUUCUCCAGCCUGGACUUGAGGAGAACUUCCCAAGUGUGCCUCCAAAUGGACAACAAACUCAACUGGAGACGGAAAUUCCUGAAGGAGAUCUCCAUGUUUAUGCUCAUGUCCAACCUCAUCCUCUGGGUUAUGCCAGCGUUCGGUGCUCACCCCCAGUUUGAAAAUGGCCUUGAGAAACAUUUCUAUGGAUGUUCCGUCUGGUUUGCCAUCCUGAAUUUUGGGCUGCCGUUGGGAGUUUUUUACAGAAUGCAUUCUGCCGGUAACCUCCUGGAAAUUUAUCUGACUGCCUGAUCCAUCCAUCUGCUCCUGAAGAAAGGUCACUGCCUGAUUAUUACAUCGAUUAGGAACAGUAGGCUCUGGAAGCUGAUUUUGAUUAAUGGACAGGAUUGGGGAGAAUACUGGAUUUGGGAGCCGGUUGGAAAUCCAGUGCAUUUGCUGAAGUUCCUAUAGAUCUCGGGUAGAAGGAGGAUCCAGGAGAGCAGCUUAGAAAUUGGAGUGAUGAAGAGAGAACAAAUUUAAAAUAAAAGUUAUU